AUGGACAGCCGCCUGGGGCAUCUUAUCGAGGCGGAGAACUCGGCCCUGGCCAGACGGAAGGGACAGAGACUCAAUCGGAGACUCAGAAAGAAAAUAGUGGAGAUCAACCGCAACAUCGAGGAAUACUGCCGCACGCUCAACCGCCAGCAAUGGGACGAGUUAUUCAAUGCAGCGGACGGCCAACUACACAACGGGAAAUCGUGGAACCUACUCAGAUACCUGUUGGACGAAACGAAGACCAAGUCCCACCUGAGGGACUGUCUCGAACGUCUGUUGCACAAGGAGUUCGAGAAGUACGCUGAAGAUGCAAUAACGUGCCGCAACUUUGGCUUACGCGCGUACAACUACGUGAAAUAUUUCUUGACGGACAGGCGAGCUGUUUUAGUGGCCGGCGAGCUUCACCUAGAAGAGCAAACGCUGGGAAGCACUGGCACCCCGCAGGGCUCGGUAAUCUCGCCCACGCUAUUCAACCUGGUCAUGAUUGGGCUAGCGGAAAAACUGCAGGAACUCGAAGACCACACUAUAUACGCCGACGACAUCACCAUCGGGGUGCACGAAGGCAGCGACGGUCACAUCGAAACGGCGCUGCAACUAGCAAUUGACACAAUAGAGGAACACCUCAUGGGUACGGGGUUACGAUGUUCGCCAAAAAAGUCGGAAAUCCUACUAUACCGCGCCACGCAAACGGGCAGACCACCUGGGUGUGGUAGGAAUGCGGCGACGACCAGGCGAGAAUACGAAGAGAUCAGACUACGCACGAUCAACGGAGCAACCAUCCCAAUAGUCCAGAAAAUAAGGGUCCUGGGCAUGAUAAUUCAGACCAACGGCGUCAAUGGCGAAACGAUUACUAAACUCAAGCACAAGACAACCAACGCCAUGAGACUCCUCAAGAGGGUAACUAGCAGAAAAAACGGAAUGAGGGAGGCGAGUCUCACACGACUCAUACACUCUUUCGUCAUGUGCCACAUUGCGUACAUCGCGGCAUUCCACAACUGGUACAAGGGAGAAGAAGCCAAGAUCAACGUCCUCAUCCGCAGGGUGUACAAGAUAGCACUAGGUCUACCCCAGUCCACCAGCACGCACCGCUUGCUCCAGCUCGGGCUUCACAACACGCUGAGCGAAAUCGCCGAGGCGCCGCGCACUCUACAGCUAGAAAGAAUAGCGGGCACCAGAGUGGGACGCCAGAUCAUGGAAAGUCUCGGCAUCCGUUACCACACACAACAGGGACAGAAAGUCGCCGUUCCGGGCGCGAUAAGACAAACGUUAAGAGUCCACCCGAUUCCACGGAACGACCACCCGGAAUACAACCGGGGCAGGAGGGUGGCCAGGGCCAGAGCUCUCCUCCACACCCACGGAGACGAACCAGGGACACGAUUCGUUGACGCCGCGGAAUACGCAGAAUGCUCGCGAUUCGUAGUGGUGGUAACGCGCCUUUCGGCAAGUGUAGCGUGCGCGCGCGCAGAAGCGGAGGAAGCGGCGGUGGCACUCGCCCUCACGGAUCAGACGUGCCCGAUGGUUCUCUGCGACUCACGACAAGCGGUCAGAAACUUCGCCAGAGGAUGGAUCUCACGGACAGCGGCCCGAGUCCUUAGCCAUCGCUAUGUGCAGCGGGAGGUAGAAUUUCAAACAAGAAUCCAAUGGUUCCCAGCGCACAUGGGAGAAGUAUCGGAUACGCAUCGCAACCGAAACGAGACGACACACGCCAAUGCGCGAGAGCUCACGAACCACGCCGGCGACCAUCGUCCAUGGGACAGCGCUAAAGACUGCUUGGCGAGCUACAACGAAAUUACCAAGGCCCUCUGCCUGGCCCACCGAACCUUCCCUCCGCCCAGCGACAAGCUGGACAGGGUGCAGGCGGUGGCCUUCAGACAACUGCAGACGCUAACGUACGCUAACCCGGCACAAUACCACAGACUCUACCCCAGUACAUACCCUACAAAUAUAUGCAAGGUCUGCCACACUGGGAUAGCCACUUUGACUCACAUGCUCUGGGACUGUAACGAAAAGCCGCACGGUGCUAACUCCGGAACCCUUCCUCCGCGGUGGGCCGCUGCCUUGCGCAGCCCCAGCCUCGGCGAUCAACUCUGGGCCGUCCAGCAGGCCUGCGAGGCGGCGGCGAGACAACACCUCGACGUCCCCACGUGCGCGACCUAA